UCUACGGACUGGAGACCGACAACGAGGGCAAGUGAUAGGAUUGCUGCUUACUGGAGCUAUACGGGAAAACAAAAAAAUACACAUCAUCACCCAUAAAUGGCUCACAGGACAUAACGGAUGCUUGAGUUUGGUGCAAGUAUACCAUACUACACCCCAACCGAAGCUCUUAAACUUGAUAGUCUACUGUUGCGUGGCAUAAGUAUUUUUUCAGCCGCAAAGGAGACGAUUGACUGCGUUAACGGCGAAAACAGACAGUGCAGGGGGCGGGAGAAAAGGGGGGUGAGAUUGGUGAAACAAUUUCUGUUGUGGAGGAUAUUUUGGAUUGCGCCCUGUUGGAAAGGCUCAUUGAACGGAGUUAAGUUCUCAUUCAUUUCCCAUCUCAGCCACCACCCUGUGGAACUGGCCGUAGAUUCUCCUUCUAAUUCUCAUCACUCAGACGGAAAUGAAUGAUAGAAGAUUGGAAUUCCCUUUGGUCUACUACAAGUGAACGUUUUUCGAUUGCGAGUCAUAAAAACUCCUGCGCACAAUUACUGGGGUUUCAAGAAAUGGAGACUGAGGAUGCGGAUUACCAUCAUCUGUCGAGUGAAAUCAGUGGCACGAAUGUCUUGCCAGCAAUCCUUAAAUCAUUGUGUCGUUGGCAAGAAUAACGAAUUGUUUUAAUUUAUUUAAUCUUAUAUAUAUAUAUAUUAAAUAUAUAGGCCUAGGCUAUAUAUAAAUCCACCAAAACACAAAAUUUGGAAAAAUAGUAGGCUAUACUCUGAACACGAAUUUGUAUCUACCUGUCAAACAGUGUAGCCCAUUUGCUGGACCACGUUUUUUUUUCUUUUUUACUUUUUGUGAACUCGGUGGCAUCAUCUCCCUUUUCCACUAUUUUGGAAUUAAGUUAUUUGCUUUUUAGAGAGGUGAAUAAUUAAUUGAUCAGGAAUGAGAUCUGGGACAGAGAGGAAUACUUUGACCUUGUUUUGGGGUCUGACGCUAUCUGUCUCCACUAUCUACCUAUGGACGGCAAAUGGAGAAAUCUGUGGUCCAAGUAUCGACAUCCGUAAUGACAUCAGUGAGUUCAAGCGUCUGGAGAACUGCACGGUGGUGGAGGGCUUCCUGCAGAUACUCCUCAUCGGAGACAAGACCAACAACCUCAACCAGGAGCUCUUCCGCUCCCUCAGCUUUCCCAAGCUGACCGUCAUCACCGACUACCUGCUCCUGUUCCGGGUCUCCGGCCUGGACAGCCUCAGCACGCUCUUCCCCAACCUCAACGUCAUUCACGGACGCAACCUCUUCUACAACUAUGCCCUGGUUAUUUUUGAGAUGACCAGUCUGAAGGACAUCGGCCUGUACAACCUGAGGAACAUCACGCGAGGGGCCAUCCGGAUUGAGAAGAACCCUGAGCUCUGCUACCUGGACUCUGUGGACUGGUCUCUCAUCAUGGACGCAGAGUUCAACAACUUCAUCGCGGGGAACAAGCAGUCCAAGGAGUGUGGUGAUGUGUGUCCAGGCAUCACGGAGGACAACGCUCAGUGCAUCAAGACCAGCUUUAACGGCAACUUUAACUCUCGCUGCUGGACAUCCAACCACUGCCAGAAAGUGUGCCCAGAGAAGAAGUGUGAGCGGCAGGCAUGUACGGACGGUGGUGAGUGUUGCCAUGCCCAGUGCCUGGGAAGCUGUACGGAGCCGGACGACGACAUGGCCUGCGCAGCCUGCCUAAACUACUACCACGAGGGCCGCUGCGUGCAGGACUGCCCCCCAGACACUUACAAGUUUGAGGGCUGGCGCUGCAUUACCAUGGACCUGUGUGAACAUGUGCACCUGGCCGGUGACUUUCACUUUGUCAUCCACGGAGGGGAGUGCAUGCCUGAGUGUCCAUCAGGCUUCACACGCAAUGAGAGCAAUAAUCACAGUAUGUUCUGCAGUGCCUGUGAUGGCUUGUGUGAUAAGAUCUGCGACUCCAAGACCAUCGACUCAGUGGAUGCUGCUCAGUCUCUAAUGGGCUGCACAGUCAUCAAAGGCAACCUGCAAAUCAACAUCCGCCGUGGCAAUAACAUUGCCUCAGAGCUGGAGAGCUUCAUGGGGCUGAUCCAGACAGUGACAGGCUAUGUGAGGAUCCGACAUUCCCACACACUAGGAUCGCUCUCCUUCCUCAAGAGCCUGCGCUACAUCAACGGGGAGGAGCUCAUGGAAGGGAUGUAUGCUUUUUCUGCCAUUGACAACCAGCGCCUGCAGUACCUGUGGGACUGGACCCAACACAACCUGACCAUCAGGGCUGGGAGGCUAUCCUUCCGCUUCAACCCCAAACUCUGCAUGUCUGAGAUUCACAAUAUGUGGGAGAAGACUGACAUCACUGAGAAGUUUGAGGAGGGCGAUUUCCGCAACAAUGGAGACAGAGCAAGCUGUGAGAGUCAUAUCCUGAAGUUCAAGUCCAACAGCACGAUGAGUAACCGGAUCAAGCUGACUUGGGAGCGCUACCGACCACCAGACUACAGAGACCUCAUCAGCUUCAUCGUCUACUACAAGGAAGCACCGCACCAGAACAUCACAGAGUUUGAUGGCCAGGAUGGGUGUGGCUCCAACAGUUGGAACAUGGUUGACGUGGACCUACCGCAAGACAAAGAGAUAGACCCUGGUGUGCUGCUGUCCCCACUGAAGCCCUGGACCCAGUACGCCAUCUUUGUCAAGGCCAUCACCCUGGUGGUGGAGGACAAACACAUCCCUGGAGCCAAGAGUGACGUGGUCUAUAUACGCACCAGCCCCUCAGAGCCGUCUAUGCCAAUGGAUACCCGGGCGUAUUCCAACUCGUCCUCCAAGCUGGUGGUGAAAUGGUCACCUCCCCUCAACCCUAACGGCAAUCUCACUUUUUACCUGAUCCGCUGGCAGCAGCAAGCUGAAGACAAGGAGCUGUACCAACACAACUACUGCUCCAAAGAGCUGAAGAUCCCCAUUAGAAUCUCAGCCACAGGGUUGGCAGACAUGGAGGACGACACCAAGCCCACCAAGCCUGACCUGUCUGGGGGGGACAAGGGCCCCUGCUGCCCCUGCCCCAAGACCAAGGAGGACCUGAAGGCAGAGAUAGAUGACGCAUCCUACCGCAAAGUCUUUGAGAACUUCCUGCACAACUCCAUCUUCACCCCCAGGCCCCCAGACCGGCGGCGUAGGGAUCUAUUUGGGGUGGCUAACAGCACCUUGUCGCGGGGUGGCAACACCACAGGCCUGGAGGGUAAUGGGACAGACGGAGAAUCCCUCGAGAGGGAGUUCCCCUUCAUGGAGGACCGGAGCAAGACAGAGUUUAUAGAGAUCCCCAACCUGCAGCCCUUCACUGUGUACCGCAUCGACAUCCACGCCUGUAACCAGGAGGUCUUUCGCUGCAGCGCUGGAGCCUUCGUCUUCUCCAGGACCAAACCUGCAGACAAAGCGGAUGACAUGCCAGGCACGGUGAAUCAGGAGAGGGAUGAGAAGGUGGAGGGGUCGGUGCUGCUGAGGUGGCCGGAGCCUGUCAACCCCAACGGUCUCAUCCUAAUGUAUGAGAUUAAGUUUCGCCAAGGCACCGAGCCUGAGAAACAUGAGUGUGUGUCACGCCAGCACUACAGAGUGCACAAAGGAGCUCGUCUGACCAACCUAGGCUCUGGGAACUACUCUGCCCGCGUGCGCGCCACCUCCCUGGCAGGAAACGGGUCCUGGACUGAGCCAGUGUCCUUCUACGUAACCCCACGCACACGGGACUACGACAUCACGUUCUAUCUGGUCAUCAUCAUCCCCAUCAUAGUGAUCAUUCUUAUCGCCAGCCUCAUUACUGCACUCUUUUUUAUCAACAAAAAAAGGAACAGUGACAGGCUGGGGAAUGGUGUCCUCUAUGCUUCUGUCAACCCUGAGUACUUCAGUGCUGCUGAGAUGUAUGUUCCAGAUGAGUGGGAGGUGGCCAGGGAAAAGAUCACCAUGCACAAGGAGUUGGGCCAGGGUUCCUUUGGCAUGGUGUACGAGGGCCUCGCUAAGGGCGUGGUUAAAGACGACCCAGAGACGCGUGUGGCCAUCAAGACGGUCAACGAAUCAGCCAGCAUGAGGGAGAGGAUAGAGUUCCUCAAUGAGGCUUCCGUCAUGAAGGAGUUCAACUGUCACCACGUGGUGCGUCUGCUGGGCGUGGUCUCUCAGGGACAGCCCACCUUGGUGAUAAUGGAGCUGAUGACCCGUGGAGACCUGAAGAGUCACUUGCGCUCACUCCGUAAAGAGAACACGUCCAGCCAGGUUCUGCCCCCGCUGAAGAAGAUGAUCCAGAUGGCAGGGGAGAUUGCGGACGGCAUGGCAUACCUCAACGCCAACAAGUUCGUCCACAGAGACCUGGCUGCCAGGAACUGCAUGGUGGCGGAGGACUUCACCGUCAAGAUCGGGGACUUUGGCAUGACGCGAGACAUCUACGAGACGGAUUACUAUCGGAAAGGAGGGAAGGGCCUUCUGCCAGUCCGCUGGAUGUCCCCAGAGUCGCUGAAAGACGGAGUGUUCACCACAAACUCCGAUGUCUGGUCAUUUGGGGUGGUGCUGUGGGAGAUUUCUACCUUGUCUGAGCAGCCGUAUCAGGGCAUGUCCAAUGAGCAGGUGCUGCGUUUCGUCAUGGAGGGAGGACUCCUGGACAAGCCUGACAACUGUCCUGACAUGCUGUUUGAGCUGAUGCGGAUGUGCUGGCAGUACAACCCCAAGAUGCGUCCUUCCUUCCUGGAGAUCAUCAACAGCCUCAAGGAGGAGCUGGAGCCUCCGUUCAGUGAGAUGAGCUUCUUCUUCAGCGAGGAGAACAAGCCCCCGGACACUGAGGAGCUGGACAUGGAGGUGGAGAACAUGGAGAACGUGCCACUGGACCCUGCACCCAGCAGACCCCCCACUGCUGUUCCUCUACCCUCCCAGGGACCCAUGGGGGCCACAGGGGGCUCAGCACCCCCUCCUCCCCAGCAGUUAUCCCCAAUGCAAUGCCCUUCUAAUACCCUGAAGGGACCUGGCUCUCCCUCCACCUCAGUCCCGGCUGCCUCUGUCUCGGCCUCCCCAGGCCUGGCCUUGGACAAGCACUCAGGACAGAUAUCGGCCAACGGGCCAGUGGUGGUGCUACGGCCCAACUUUGAGGACACACAGAACUACGCUCACAUGAACGGGGGGCGCAAGAAUGAGCGGGCGCUGCCACUGCCCCAGUCUUCAGCCUGCUGAUCCCCUCCUCCCCCCUCAGCCAGAUCACCCCACUCCUCUUCUCACACAGGGUAACAUAAACUUCUCCCCUGUUUUAGUUAUAAUGGGGUGAUGGAUGAGUGAAUAACUGACACAUUAUACUACUCUACUGCAGUAGAAUCUUUCAUUUUUAAAUAAUAUUAUCAAGAUUUAUUAUUGAAUACCAAGACUGAGAAACAGCACAGAAACCUGCUAAAGCGUUUGGAGUACGGUGGCUCAGAACGAACAACAACACUGGGAAGCUCUAGUGUUUACUUCUUGUUUAGUAUUUGUUACUUUAAAAACAUAAUUAAAGAAGGACAUCAUCAAAUAUUCCCUGACUGACAGGUAUUGUAAGUGAGAGACAAUAACUUUUAAAAAAGAAUUUGAAGCAUAUCUGCUAGAAAAUCCAACAGACGAGCCCAUUUAGAUCAUUUCUGAGAGAAUAAUGUGUAUAUCUGAGUGUGUUUAUACUGCCUUUAGAAAGUAUUAAGACCCCUUGACUUUUUCCAAUUUUUUUAACGUUACAGCCUUAUUCUAAGAUAUUUUUACCCUAUAAUGACAAAGCAAAAAUAGAUUUUGCAAGUAUUCCUGCCCUUUGUUAUGAGAUGCAUACUGUUUCCAUUGAUCAUCUUUGAGAUGUUUCUACAACUUGAUUGGAGUCCACGAGUGGUAAAUUCAAUUGAUUGAACAUGAUUUGGAAAGGCACACACCUGUCUAUAUAAGGUCCCACAGUUGA